AUGGAAGAUCACACUACGGACGCCCUCGUCAAUCGUGACGAGCCUGUCCCGGUCAUCGCCGCUGGGAAGCACAAUGACGAUGCCGAAAGAUCAAAACCUGGGGUAUUGAAGAGAUCAGUGUCCAAGGCCGGUCGCUCUCUACAAGAUAGGAUUCUCUCCAAGAUCUUGGAGCAAGUUAUGCCCGUCGAAGACGUCGAUGCUGAAUCAGUGUCAGUCGGCGACAAGCCAAUUCCCAUCGACAGUAAACGGCCGGCGUUUAGUCUACCUCUGAUGGCCAACAAUUUCCGUCGGUUUAAUGCAAGGAUUGGCAUUGUUUUUCUGUUUCAAACCCGUGUGGAGCGUCUGCUCAGUUGGAAACAGACCUCUCACACAGUCUCCUUUCUCUUCGUAUAUUCCUUCAUAUGCUUAGAUCCCCAUCUUCUUGUCAUUAUUCCGUUCGCCGUACUCUUGUUCUUUGUUAUGGUACCUGCGUUCCUCGCACGCCACCCUCCACCUCCCUCGACGUCCACUUCCAGCAUCACCCCCUACUACUCAUACGAAGGCCCAGCCCUUGCUCCUGCCAAAACCAUUAAACCAGCGUCGGAGACGUCUAAGGAUUUCUUUCGGAAUAUGAGAGACUUGCAAAACUGCAUGGCAGAUUAUUCCGAUGUACAUGAUGCGACAGUGUCCGCGUUUGCGCCCUUGACAAACUUCUCGAAUGAGAAACUAUCAUCGACAGUAUUUCUUACAUGCACGCUCAUGGCAGCUCUAUUAUUCUUAACCGCUCACCUUCUCCCGUGGCGACUGAUUUUCCUUGUUGGUGGCAAUGCAGCCAUUUUGUCAAUGCACCCAAGCUUUCCAGAUCUAGUACAGAGUCUUGCAGAGGAUAUGUUGGAUAACACAGCGGAAGAAGGUCCGGCGGCUGAUAAAAAGGGCCAGGAAUCUUUCAACCUUGGGGGUCUGGCCAUGCCUGCUUCGCCCUCAAAAGCCGUGUCUUUAAUGGAAUCACUGGCCAAUAUCUCCUUGGACUCCUCCCCAGAGGAGCGGGAGGUUGAGGUAUUCGAGAUCCAAUACCGCUCCCUUGCUCCUUACUCGGAAUCUCAAUGGGAACAUUUUCUGUUCAGUCCUAUGCCAUACGAUCCGCUCUCUCCCUCACGCAUUGCCGGUGAUCGUCCCAAGGGUUGUCGAUUCUUCGAGGAUGUCCAACCCCCGUCUGGAUGGGCGUGGAAAGGCAAGAAGUGGGAAUUAGAUUUAGACUGUCGCGAGUGGGUUGUGGAGCGCAUGAUCACCGGAGUUGGCUUCGAGGUCUCCGGCAGUCCAUCGGAAAGUGGCAUGACCAGUGGUGAGAUUGGGGGUUGGGUCUGGGACCUGCCUCCAGCCUCCAGCAGAUAUGAGGAGGCAGUGUCUACGCUAGCAUAUGAUGUCCUAGACUCGAUAAACCCAUCAAAAGGACAUGAUUGGAAAGGCAGAAAGAAAGGGAAAGAAAGGGUCUCCCAAGAUUACGAGGAGAAGGUGCACACCGGAUCCCAUGUAACGGGGGAAUGGAGAAGGAGACGAUGGAUUCGCAUCGUGCACCGUGUUAGUUUACCGGCUGCCGAUAAGUUAUUCAUCGGAGACCCAAGUAAUAGUAGCCAUGUGAAACGACCAGAUGCUGGCACUUAUGUGGGGAAGUGCCGCAUCCGCUCCCAAUACCUUGCUUCCUCUGGACAGUCCCAGUGUCCUAGGAUACGCAUCACUCGAUAUCUUCCUCCAAUGCCGGUUGAACAGCACUAUGGAGCGGUCAUCUCCUGUGAAUGGAUAUGGGACUCGCGCGGGGCGCGGUUGUCCCCAUGUGCUAUGGGAUACAUGUCUACCAUACCCGCAAUUGUCAUCUCAAUUGCUGUACUAGGCUAUAUACUCCAUAACAUAUCCAUAGUAAAGCGUCCUCAAUGGACCAUACCUUUCAUUCCAGAGCAACCCAUGUCCCCCGAUUUGCCAAUUGAUGGCUCAAAACAACGGAUGGGCUGGGUGAUAACCCUAUUUGCCAUCUCAUUGGUAGGGUUAUCAACCGAGAUUAUCAAACUAAUCCUCCUGGGGUGGUCAUAUACUCUUUCUCUUCUUAUAGCCUGGGCAGCCGCAACUUGUUUGAUCGCAAUAGCCCGUCCGAGAUCUUGCCCUCUUUCAUUACUCACUUUCUUUAUUAGCAUAUUGGCAGUAGAAAUUGCCUUUAUAACAAUUUAUGAUGUGCAUGAAUCGAUCGUCGCCCCUCAUCAUGUCGCAGCCGGUACUGCUUUGAUUGGAUGUCUCGUGAUCCUUGUGAUGCCGCUUCGAGGUCCUUUACUUCCCUGCAUGGAUAUCGGUGCUGUUGGCCAAGCACCAUCCAGUAAAUUCCGCAGCCCCGAGGAUAAUCUACGGCUUUGGCAAUUCCUGAGCGUGUCAUGGAUGGCCCCGUUGAUUUCUAUUGGCAGGAAGAGGCAGUUGCAAGAGGAAGAUGUUUGGUUCUUGGGGUUUGAAUUUCAGCACCGCAAGCUACAUGAGAAGUUUCGCAGACUAAGAGGGUCUGUCAUCGGCCGACUACUCCAGGCCAAUGGUAUCGAUGUCCUGAUCAUUACCACGAUUGCCAUUGUGCAGAUGCUCUGCGACUUUUCUACACCUGUACUGCUCCAACAGUUGUUACAAGCCAUGACUGACCGUGGCUCGUCAAACCGUGUUGCCCUGACAUAUGCUUUGCUAUCUCUUGUCCUCCGCUUGAUUGCCGCGCAGUCGCAAGUCUUAAGUCUAUGGUACGGAAGACGUAGCUAUGAGAGAAGUCGGGGCGAGAUGAUCAUGAUGGUAUAUGAGAAAGCUCUAUCUAGAAAGAAUGUCUUUGAUCAGCAAUUGGUCGACAAAGCAGAGGAGGAUAGGCUGCAAGAUGAAGACAGUACUGAUAUGGAUGCGCAGCCGGAACAGCGCAAGUGGUGGCAAUUCUCUGUCUUUCGGCGAGCCACCGGCAAGGAAAAGGUCAAAGAAACUGCUUCAAUGGGUAAGAUAUUCAACCUUUUGCGCGGGGAUGUCUACGAAGUGGCCCAGCGUUUCUGGGAGAUCGACACAUUGGUCGAUAAGCCCCUAGGACUAGUCAUCGCGGUUGUGCUAGUCUGGAAACUGCUUGGCCCUUCAUGCUUCUUGGGAAUUGUGGCAGUUUUGAUCGCGCAAGUUCUGAAUGCAUUUGUCACUCGUGUCCUGCUCCGAAAAGAACGAGUACGCCGGCUUGCAACAGAUGCUCGACUACAAGUUUCCUCCCAGUUUGUGGAGGCGCUGCGUCAUCUUCGGUGGUAUGGAUGGCAGAAUCACUGGUUACGCCAGGUUAUGGAUGCCAGACAAUCUGAGUUGAAUCUUCGCAUUAUCACCAUGCUGUGGGGUAUCGUUAUCCGGUUUAUCAACACAUUCGCCAGUGGCCUCUUCCCUGUAGUGGCGCUAUAUGCGUAUACUCUUUUGGCGGGAAAUCCAUUACGCAUUGACAUUAUCUUCCCUGCUCUCCAACUCUUUACGAUGCUCGAGACUCGUCUCAGGGAUAUCCCGAGCCUCAUAACGGUGCUGAUCAAUGCAUCUAUAGCUAUGGAGAGAAUCGAGGACUUCAUGGCUGAGCCCGAUAAAGAAAAAAAGGAUACCAUCGAUGCCGAGCCAGCACCAAUUCAGCUGGAUCAUUGCUCUUUUGCCUGGCCCGGUAGACAGUUGCCAGUCCUGCACGAGGUCGACUUGAGAGUACCCCAAGGGCUAACUGUUGUGUACGGCAAAGUCGGAGCUGGUAAAACGGCUCUACUCCAAGCCUUGCUUGGCGAACUGGACAGGCUCGCUGGUGUUUCAUACGUACCAAAUGAAAUGAUUGGAUACUGUGCCCAGACCCCCUGGCUGCAGAGCAUGAGUAUACGGGACAAUAUAUUGUUCUCUUCGCCGUAUGAUGCGCGGCGUUAUAGACGAGUGCUGGAUGCCUGCGCUUUGUUGCCUGAUUUGUCUAACUUUAAGCAUGGAGAUUUGACCUUUGUGGGUGAGAACGGAGUCGGUCUCUCUGGCGGACAGAAGGCCCGGGUGGCUCUUGCACGGGCAAUGUACAGCGCUGCCAGGAUACUGUUCCUCGAUGACCCCCUGUCAGCUCUAGACCAUAACACAGCUGAGACAGUCGCCCGCAAAUGUUUCUCGGGUCCCUUGAUGCAGAAUCGUACAAUUGUGCUGGUCACUCAUAGAAUUCAUCUGGUUCGACAGAUGGCAGAUCAGAUUGUCCUCAUACAGAAGGGCCGUGCAGUUGUCGAAGAUAAACAUGAGUUCUCAUCUCGUGACAGUGGUCAUUCGGAAUCCAGUUCGUCUGAUAUUUCAUCUGGUACAAGCGAGGCUGAAUCUGAGAGCGAAACGGCACUCACCGAGACAGCUGCAGUGCCAACAAAGUUCAUCGAAGAAGAACAUCGCGCAGAAUGGGGUGUCAAGGCUAGAGUGUAUUGGAAAUACAUCAAAGCCAGCAAAUACAGAUGGUGGAUAACCCUGAUUCUCGUGCUCGCUGUGUACCGAUCCACAUCCGUGGGACAAUCCUGGUUUUUGAAGGAGUGGGGAGAAGCCUACAAUGAAACACUUUCAUUGUUCGGAUACUUAGGCACGAACAAGAAAUCCUUCGCGGGUGACUGGAUAACACCAUCGGCCAUGGUGAAAAUGAUCCAUUGGAGACCUUCUAACCCUUUUGACGAAUUUCCGGCCCCAGUCGAAGAUGUCCGACCUUGGUUGCUGGCCUUCUUUAUCAUUACCACUUUCCAAUCAAUUGUCCUUCUGGUUGCACAGCUUGUGAUGCUUGUGAUGGUCUACAGCGCAGGAAAGACGCUUUUCCAGGAAGUUAUGGUACGAGUCAGCCAUGCUACUUUUCGGUUCUUCGAUGUGACUCCCAUUGGCCGGUUGAUGAAUCGUUUGACCUCUGACAUCGGCGUUGUUGAUGGAAAUAUCAGCGAACAGUUCCAAAUGAUUGCUUUUCAGGCUAUUACUUGGGUCUCGUCAAUUAUUGUAAUAGCCUCAGUGACGCCGACCUUUCUCGGAUUCUCACUCGUACUAACGGCAGCAUUUGUUGUGGUCUUUCUCCGUUUCCUGCCAACAUCGCAAAGCCUUCGGCGUUUAGAGAUGGUGUCACUAAGCCCGUUGAUAUCUAACUUCGGUGAACUGCUUCACGGCCUGACCACCGUUCGCGCAUUUCAUGCCGAAGGGCGUUUCCAGGAUCGAGUCAUCGCGGUAGUGGAUAAAUUCCAGGGAAUGGACCACUUUUACUGGUCUCUCCAGAGCUGGCUCAUGUUUCGAUUUGAGAGCCUCUCCGCCUUUUCAACAUUCUGCCUUACUGUUCUGGCUUUGUACACGAGCGUCUCACCUGGUCUAGCAGCGUUCGUGCUCGUAGCAGCCAAUAAUUUUGUUGCGUCCACCCAUGCCUUGUGCAAGCAAUAUGGCCAACUGCAAAUGGAUUUUGUCUCCGUCGAGAGGGUAGACGAGCUGCUUCACGUUGAGCAAGAAUCACCUGGAAUAAUAGACCCACCUGCAUCGUGGCCCAAGUUUGGCCGUGACAUCGUCUUUGAAGACGUGACCAUCCGAUAUGCGCCUCACCUGGAUCCAUCACUCAAAGAUGUUUCUCUGCGCAUACCAGGGGGCUCCACAACAGCUAUAAUCGGUAGAACCGGUAGCGGCAAGUCCACACUGGCCGUGUCACUACUAAGUGUCAUUCGUCCCGACUCGGGACGCAUCCUUAUCGACGAUCUGGACAUCACACAAGUCAGCAGACAAGCUCUACGCACUCGGGUCACUUUUGUUGCGCAGGACCCCGUUCUCUUCCCUGGCAGCAUCAGAUUGAACCUAGACCCGAUAGGGGAGUACUCUGAUGCAGAAUGUGCAGACGUGCUGAAACGAAUUUGCAGUCGACACGGCUGGAGCUUGGAGACGCACGUUGAAGCAGGCGGACGGAAUCUCAGCCAGGGAGAACGCCAGCUAAUCGGUCUCGCGAGAGCUGUGCUGCGUCGCAGCUCAAUUGUCAUCCUAGACGAAGCGACCGCCUCAAUUGACCAUGAAAGUUCGCUCGAGAUCCAGCAAGUGCUACGAGAGGAGAUGAAAGAGUCAACAGUUAUUACCAUCGCGCAUCGACUGGAGGCCAUCAAAGAUGCAGAUUACUAUAUCAUGUUGGACCAGGGAGGAGUGUCCAAGCAGGGGUUCGUCAAAGACAUGUAA